AUGGUGGUGCUGAAGGGGCGGACGCGUUCAGGCUCGCUGGAUAUCUGGGUGCGGGGUCUGAUUCUCGGGGCGGUGGAGCAGCUGAUGGCGAGGGAUGGAACCGAAGUGCGCCCUGGCAACUCGGUGGCUGCAGGGAUCCAGGGCCCCCCGUGCAGCCUGGAAGACGAUGAGGUUUUCCUGGGCACCGAGGCCAGGCUCGGCACCACCCAAGCGGAUCCCUUCCGCCACUGCAGCGUGGAGGAACUUUACGAGCUGCUGGAGACGCUGGGCAGCGGGCACUUUGGGGUGGUCCGGCGUUGCCAGGAACGGAGCACCGGCGCUUUCUACGCAGCCAAAUCCAUCAAGGUGCGGAAGCGCAAGGGCAGCCGUCUGGGGCUGGACCGCGAGCAGGUGGAGCGCGAGGUCUGCAUCCUGCAGCAGCUUCAACACCCCAACAUUAUGCGCCUCUACGACAUCUUUGCCAACCAGGCCGAGAUGGUGCUGAUCCUCGAGCUCAUCCAGGGCGGCGAACUCUUUGACUUUAUUGCGGAAAAGGAGCUGGUCUCGGAGGACGAAGCCAUUCAGUUCCUGCAGCAGAUCCUGCUCGGCUUGGCCUACAUGCACGCCCACCAUAUUGCCCACUUCGACCUCAAGCCGGAGAACAUCAUGCUGCUUGAGAAGGACACCCCCAGCCCCAAAAUCAAGAUCAUCGACUUUGGGCUGGCGCAGAAGCUGGAGGAGGGGGUGGCCUACAAAAGUCUCUGCGGGACCCCCCAGUACAUCGCUCCUGAAGUGAUCAACUACGAGGCCCUGAGCACAGCCACAGACAUGUGGAGCAUCGGGGUGAUUACCUACAUCUUGCUGAGCGGCAUGUCCCCAUUCCAGGGGGAGACGGAUGAGGAGACCCUCUCCAACGUGGUCUCCGGGAAUUACGAGUUCGAGGCCAAGUAUUUCAGCCAAACCUCGGAGAUGGCCAAGGACUUCAUCCAGAAGCUGCUGCUGAAGGAGCCCAGGGACCGAAUGAUGGCAGCUGAAUGUCUCCUUCAUCCCUGGAUCAAGCCGCUGACCCGCAAGCAGGCCAUCAACCGGAGCCGUUCCUCCAUCAACAUGAAAAACUUCCGCAAAUUCAACGCUCGCCGGAAGUGGAAGCUGUCCUACCACAUGGUCUCGGCCUGCAACCGUCUCUGCCGCCUGGGGCUCCUGUGCCAGAAGCAGAAGACGGAGGAGGAGGCGACGGCCCUGCGGGACUGCGAGAGUGACCAGGAAGACCAACCCAGCAGCCCGGUGGUCUUGCUGCGCAGGCGUCGGAGCAUCUGCUCCUGAGUUCGUGCAUCGGCUCCCGUCCACCUGCCCUCCGUCCUUUGCCCAUGCUCAGAGGCCAGGAUGGCAGCGUCCUGUCCG